ACCCCAUGAAUUCACCAUAAAACUUCAAUAGACGAAGGGUAACCUUUAGCAGGAAACUUUAUGAGGUUUAAAAAUCCAUUUUAAAACCGGUCUAACGUGACACAAUGAUACUAUUGUCGUAUAUAUACAUACUACUGUCUACAACCUAACGUCAUCACAGUGACAGGCACCAAGCUUGGAGUGAAGAUCAACACUCACUUGAAGAUGUGAAUUGGCAUGGAAGGAAGAUAAAGAUCUAUCCUUCGAUAAGUCAGCCGGCGUUUCUGGUCGGAUUAUAGAUAUUUCUGUACGUCAUGAAAUCGACUCUACUGUUUCUGCCUAGAGAAUCGCAUUACCAUAGCUUGCAAUGAAAAGAAUUGUCAUUAGCACCGGUAUGCCUGUGUAUAUCAAGAUGACGUUAAUUGCAUAGCAAGGGAAACAGCGUUCGUUGAUUUGAAACUGGAUGAGAAUGGCGUCUGCUAGUGAUGAAAAGCUGUCCAGAAACAAAUCUGUUACGGAACCAUGGAUUACAAGUCCGAGGAAAGACGAAAAUAAAAAGGUGGAAAGUGCAAAUGAAACAAAGGACGAUACCACAGACGCCAAAAUAAUUGCAAACCUAACACCAGAACCAUCUGAUUCAUCAAACGUAAAAAGCAAUGAAGAUGUGACAUCAAAAUCUUCAACUGACAACAAUGAAAGUGUUAAAACUGAUGCAAACAAUGACGAUGUUAAACAAUCGUCUCUUCCGACAGAAAAACCGGAACAGGAAGUGCAAUCGCAAGAAAAUGCUAGUGAACCCAAUAAAAGUAACAGUGGGGAGAAUAACAAGGAAAUCAAACCAAAAAUAGUUGGAAAUGUGAUAGAAACCAAGUCUGUUCCUGCAAAAUCAAACGGCCUUGCCCAAUCAAACGCUAUCGUUGAUAUUGACCCGAUCAACGAUGACGACGUAGAUAUGUACGAUCCGGAGUUAUUGAUUACAGAGGAGGAAAGUAAGGCAUUCGACCAUAUGAUCGAACAGAGGAGAGACGAAAUUGUAAAAGACAAAGCAAAGUUUGAGAAAUGGGUUGAUUCUAUUACAAGACGGAGAAUGUUUGCCUUAAGCAGACUGCGCAAGCUCGGGAAAUGUCAUGGGGAACGCUUCAAACUUUACGGGAAAGUUCAGGACUAUGUCAAAGAAGUGGAAAGUGUUCUAAGCUCAGCGUCUUCCACUAGAACAAUUCACUCAGGAAACAAGAAUUCGACAUCGAAAUCCAGUAAACCAACCUCGGCAUCAUCCACAACCUACAAAACAAGUACCAGAGGCAAAUGGAUUUCAAAGGGAGACAACUGGAUUUGUUAAUGUGCCAGAAAGUGAUAAGAAUUCUGAUUCGCUGGGAAGUAAUAUGGCUAAACACAGCAGCUUUACCAAGGAUGAAACUCCUAAGAUUGUUCCGGUACAAUCAUAGGAUUCACACUAGUUAAUUAUAUGCAAAUUAUUACAUUUAUAUGGAUGAAUAUUUACCUUUUGUAAUAGAUACAUUUAAGGUCAUUCCGAUAGUUCUUCCAUAACUUACUCUAUUUGUCACUCAUUGCUGGGUUUACUCCAUUGUUGAAAUUGUUAACGAAUUGUAUAAAAUGUUUUGUCUACACUUAA